UCUUGACAUGAGGUGAUAACAGUGAGUAAUGGAAGAGAGAGGUAAAAAUACCUCGACUGCACAAACCCUGCACAGGGUGCCUGUGAUGGGAUGUGUAGGCAUCCUGCUGGUAUUCAGGGACAGCUAUAACAGCACGGGCAAGAUGCAGACAGCCAAGAAAUCCAGGAGAGGGAGAAGUGAGUGAAAGGAGCAAGAAUUGCUGAAGGACACCCAGGAGCCCAUGGAGGCAACUUGUGAUCUGUGUCUGAGAAGUGAAAGGAAGAAACAAGCGCUAGCCAUGUGGACUUUUCUCAUAGUUAUCUUCUCAUCUCUGGAGCUAACGCAGAUUGGAGCUUUCAUUUCAUCAUGCGAAAUCAAAAAAAUCAUGAGGAUGGAAGAAGAGCUCUGUACCUCGGCCCUUGCCCAGGAAGAAGCAAACAGAACAGCUGGAAAUGAAUUGCUCAGGAGUUCAGGCAGAUGCCUUGGCAUGUGGGAUAAUCUUACCUGCUGGCUGUCUUCUCCCAUUGGACAAACUGUUAGCGUACCCUGUCCCCAAGCCUUUCAAAUAGUCACGGGACAAACAGGGUUUAUGUAUCGUAAUUGCACCAGGGAAGGCUGGUCAGAAAAAUAUCCAAAACCAUAUAUUGCUUGUGGUUUAAAUGCAGAACAACUUAAUGCUCCUAUAACUGAGUGGGAAUCUAAGGUAUCUUAUCUGAUGAAAUUGGAGACAGUGUACACUGUUGGAAGCAGCAUCUCCCUCAUAGCCCUGGCAGCAGCCUUGGGCAUUCUGGCUUCUUUUCGGAGACUUCACUGUACAAGGAAUUACAUCCAUAUACAGCUUUUUGCUUCAUUCAUCUUACGGGUGAUUGCAAACUUUAUCAAGGAUCCUAUACUGUCAAAGGACACCGAUGAUGCUGUCUACUGUGAAUUACACACAGGCAGGUGCAAGAUGAUCAUAGCCUUUGUUAACUUCUGCAUCAUGGCAAAUUAUAGUUGGCUUCUUGUAGAAGGGCUUUAUCUUCACAGCCUGCUGGCCAUUUCUUUCUUCUCCGACAGAAAGUUCUUCUGGUGGUUUGUUGUUCUGGGAUGGGGUGUUCCUAAAUUAUUUGUAAUUGGAUGGGUCAUAGCCAGGCUCUUACAUGAAAAUGCUGGAUGCUGGGAUAUGCAUCUUACAUAUGCCCUGUGGCUCAUUCAAGGCCCUGUGGUGGCUUCUAUUGUUAUCAAUUUUAUUCUAUUUGUUAAUAUUGUAAGGAUUCUGAUGAACAAGCUUCGAUGGCCAGAUGGAAGAGGCAAGGACUCCAGUCAAUACAAGAGGCUUGCUAAAUCAACACUGGUGCUCAUCCCUCUUUUUGGAGUUCAUUACAUUAUCUUUGCUUUUUUCCCUUUUGAUACCACAAACGGCAUCAUGGAAGUUCAGGCUCUGUUUGAAAAAGCCUUAGGAUCUUUCCAGGGUUUGGCUGUGGCUGUGCUUUACUGUUUUCUUAAUGGAGAGGUCCAGCAGGAGCUUCAUAGAAAGUGGUGGCAGUGGCACUUAAGGAAGCACCUCGGUUCCCAUAAGCAUCACAGCUCUUUGUUUCCAAAUGAAGUAAGUGGGCUCACUCAAGUCUUGCAGCUGGCAAAGCCUGGUCCUCAGGAGGAAAGACGAUCUUCUAACUCAAUUCUGAGUAAAAUGUAAAGGCUUCUAGUGCAGACAAGAACAUGCUAGUUACUCAGAGGAAACCAGAAACUUGCAUUUACCUAAACAGGCGUUGUGAUUCAGGAUUUAAAAGCUAGUUGUCAACUCUACCUGAAGCCUGACUUAAGCUACGGUCGAACCUUGCUAUCAUAUGGAUUAUUUUGCAAAGAUGAUGUGUGAAAAGUCAUUCCCAGCUGAAAGACUCAUCCCUUUCAUCUUGCUGGUUUUGUUUUUUGGAAUCUACCACUUCAGGAGAAUAUAUGUUCUCUUCUCUUUUUGGUUCCUUAUUGGAGUGCUGAUUCUGAACAAUAUUGUCAUUUGGACAAGAUAUGACUCUGACUUAUAAACUGGUUAUAUUUCUUGGGAAAAUGUUGUAUUGGGUGAACAUGAUAGAGUGCAAGUUUUCUUGCAGCGAGAAGAGAUCCCUUUAGCAUCAAAGCCACACCCUCAAUUGGUCAAGGGAUUUUGCUAGGAACUGUGUGGACUUAUGAGUUUGCUGUUAGGGAUCUAGGCAACUCAGCUGCCAUGAUGACCUUUACAACCUCCUCUUGAGAACUGAUUUUGGCUCUGACUGACUUUGGGACUGCCACCUGGAAGCUAGACUACAAUUCACUUUGUGAGAGACUGCUGUGUAUCUUCAGUUCAUCUAAGGCAGAAGCUGGAUUGGGAAGAUAACAUAUCUUAUGUCCAUUUUUCUGAUCUGAUUUCCUGUUGUUUUCUGAGCCUAAUUCAAGCAAUUGUUUUUGAUUGACAAAGCUCUAAUGAGUUUGGGAGGUGCCAGGCAUAUACCUGUGGGUAUGUAUGGGCCUUUGAGUCAGUGUUGACUCCUGGCGACUGCCUGGAC